AUGUUGCUCCCACUAUCUAUAGGUGCCACCCUUGGCAUCGGAAUGCACCUUGUUCUCUUCAUUAGAGGAGAAUGGCAUGUCCAAGCGCCAGAUAUUCUAUUGGGCCAUCUUCUUCUCUUCAUUUCUUUGGGUGUUUGGGUGAAUGAGGCUGGAUGUAUUAUCCUUGGAUAUCUUACUGCCCUUUUCUCGAGUAUCGUCACUUAUCGACUCUUUUUCCACCGGCUACGGAGUUUUCCCGGUCCUAUCUGGGCCCGUAUUAGCAAGAUUGGACAUGUUUGGAAAGCAAGAAAUGCCCAGAACCAUUUAUUUCUCACCGAUCUUCAUCAUCAAUACGGUGAUUUUGUACGAACAGGCCCUAGCGAGCUCACUAUAUAUCAUCCUGGUGUCUUCAUGUCAAUUGACGGCCCUUUAACUAAAUGUGACAAAGCUGAAUGGUACGAUAUCCUUCAUCCGAACAAGGCUCUUGUUACUGCUCGUACCAAGGAGCACCAUUCGGGAAGGCGUCGACAGUGGAAUCGGGGAUUCACAUCUACUGCGUUAAAACAAUACCAUGAGCGUGUUCUUCCGUUCAUUGAUCAGCUUGAAGAGUGUAUUCAAGCUGAUAUAUCUGCUGGCAGAGUCUCGGAGACCUCAGAUCUGUUUUAUUGGCUCGGAUUUGAUCGUAUGGGUGACCUGAUCUUCGGUGAGGCAUUCGGUAUGCUAUCUGAGAAGAAAUGGCAUUACAUUAUUGUUCUCCUCCAAAAGGCCUUGUCAAUUCUGGGACCCAUGAGCCCCGUUCCAUGGAUGGUGCAAAUUGCGUUUCAUCUUCUUCCACGAAUAUUGAUCCUAGGAGAUUGGUUCCGAAUGAGAGCUUGGUGCGAAGCCCAAAUGAUUAAGCGGAUGGGUAUAUCAUAUGAUGCAUCAAGGCCAUCGGAUAUCGCCCAAUACCUUAUCGAGGAAGGCCCAAAGGAUAUGAAACACCAAACGUGGCUAGCAGGUGACAGCCUCCUGGCUAUUGUCGCUGGUAGCGACCCAACCGCAGCCGUUUUGAUUGUGAUUUUCACUGAGCUCGCGGAUCGUCCUCAAGACGUUGAGAAGAUUCGGCGUGAGAUCGAGAAUCUCAACAUCGAGGAUCCCAACGAGCUGGCCAAAAAUUGCCCUCAUCUUGAGGCAGUGAUUCUAGAGUCUCUUCGCCUCUUCCCGGCACUCCCGACAGGGGGUUAUCGUAAGACACUGAAAGAAAGUAUCAACAUUGGCGGGACUUUCGUACCACCCGAGACAACAAUUGUGGCUCCAAGAUUCCCGAUCGCACGUCGUAAGGCAGCCCUCUUCGACAUUAAUGGCACAUUUUUAUUGAUACAUGAAAAAACAGGAGAGGACUGCUUCGAAAGACCCAAUGAGUUCAUCCCCGAGAGAUGGUACGAAAAGCCUGAAAUGGGACGGAACAAAGCCGCAUUUGCGCCGUUUGGAACCGGUCAUCAUGCGUGUCUUGGAAAGCCUCUGGCGAUGAGUGACAUGAGGUUCAUAACUGCACGGUUGAUCCGCCGAUACCGCUUUCGGUACCCCAAAGGCGAAACAGCUGAGACAGUCCGGAAUGCCUUCAAGGAUCAAUUUACUUCAAAGCCUGGGCAACUACGAUUGGUUUUUGAGGAGCGGGAGAAUUAG